GGUUAAAGAAAAUCAAGAAGUUAUCGAUAAAGAAAUUCAAGAAGUUGAAGUAUUAAAAAAGAAAUUAAAAGAACUUGAAGAAACAAUCAAUAAAAAGAAUAUAGAAGUAUUGGAAAGUAAUCGACAAAAAUAUAA